UUCAGUUACAAAGAGACGCCUCAAACCGUAGAAUCUGUUGUGGUCCUAGAUUAUCUCGCAGUCUGAAUGUAAGUUACUAGAACAAAUUGGUGGGGCCCAGUAUGGGCCAGCAGCCUCGGGUCCAACUCAACAUGAAUCCGAAUACGCCAGCCCGGUCCCCGGGCUAUCACCAGAAGGCCAUGGAAGAAAUCCAGAACUCGCUCAGACCUUUCGCAAAAAGUGGAAGCGAAGCCAUGAGUUCCAGCGCAGCCAGUACCAUUUCAAAUUUUUCGGCAACGAGUGGUGUGAGUUCUUUGAGUUCGACUUCUGGUGGGAAUGGGAACGAGAAAGAUGUGGUUAUGCAGUUGCGACAGUUGGGAUAUUCUGAGGAGUCCUCAAUCCGUGCCCUGCAAAUCUCCAACGGUCGCCUCGAUGUGGCCCUCGACAUCCUCGGCAAGCCUUCGCUGGACAACCCCUCGAUCAAACCGCCGGGCUACACGAAGCUCAUCCGCAAGCCGAGCAUCGAGCGCGAGCUGCUGCCGCCGCCCCGCUGCAGCCCCGCCCUCGACAGCGGCGCCGGCAGCUCGCGCUCCGACAGUCCGCGUCUCGCCGACAUCCACAGCCGAUACUCGCCGAGCUUUGGCGAACCGCCGCCCCCGCCACCUCCGAGGAAUACUCCGCCGCCGCCACCGCCGCACGGAGUAGGCUCUUACCAGCAGCAGGCGGUGCCGACCAACGUGCAGCAGAUGUUCAAGAGGAUGUCGCCGGCAACCGCGCCGGUUGUGCCGGCGAGGACGCCGGCCGGGGGCGGUGCUUACAAUUCGCCUGCAUUGCAACAGAGAGGCACUAGUCCGGUAAGCAGUGUGUCCUCAUCGUCUGGCAGACAGCCCAUGGUAGUGCAGAACGGCCCACAAGCGCAGCAGCAACUCUCGCAGCAGAUGCAGGCCCUGAGUUUGUACCAGAGCAGUACUGUCUCGACGUCGGAACCACCUCCGCCGUACCCUUUGAUAUCGAGCAAUUCAUCUAACGGUCCGCCUCCGCCACCAUCGUACUCGGCCUCUAUUCAGAACCGUCAAAGCCCUACGCAGGAUUUCCGGAAGAGUCCUUCUUCGGGAAUAUACUCUGGAUCAGCGUCGACAGCAUCGCCUAGUCCAAUUCCCGUAUCGACGACGACCGCCUCGGCCGCCUCCAUGGCCAGACCGACGCCGUUACAAGCGUGGGGCGCCCGGCAAACAAUUUCGCAACCUCCGAUCAUCAUGCAAUCCGUGAAGAGUACUCAGGUGCAGAAGCCAGUGCUGCAGACAGCUAUCGCGCCUACAGCGCCUCAGGUACCGUCCCCAACAUCGACGACGCCUCCAGCUACGUCAGCGCCACCUCCAUCAUACACAGUAUCAAUCCAACAGAAAGGGUAA